CUCCACACAAAUAUUUUUCUCUCUGUCUUUGCAAAAGGUUCAAAAACAUUACUGUCUAUUAUUAUUGCUGUCUUUGCAUCUUUUCUUGAGUCGUGGAUCUAUUAUUACUGUUGUUGUUCUUGUUGUUCUGCAAAACGUUCAAACACUUCAACGAGACUUAUUCGAUCUGUGAUAUUUAACAGUAGAAGAAGUAAUCAGAAAUGGCAGCUCAACCAAAGAACGUUGGAAUUCUUGCCGUUGAAAUUUACUUCCCUCCUACUUGCCUCACACAGGAAGCAUUGGAGGCUCAUGAUGGAGCAAGCAAAGGGAAAUACACAAUUGGUCUUGGACAAGAUUGCAUGGGCUUUUGCACUGAGGUGGAAGAUGUCAUAUCAAUGAGUUUGACAGCAGUUACUUCCCUUUUAGAGAAGUAUGCUAUUGAUCCAUCUCAAAUUGGUCGCCUAGAGGUUGGAAGUGAGACUGUCAUUGAUAAGAGCAAAUCCAUCAAGACAUUCCUGAUGCAAAUAUUUGAGAAAUGUGGAAAUACUGACAUUGAAGGAGUCGACUCAACUAAUGCAUGCUAUGGAGGAACUGCUGCAUUGUUUAACUGCGUGAAUUGGGUCGAGAGCUCUUCAUGGGACGGACGCUAUGGACUUGUUGUAUGCACUGACAGUGCGGUCUAUGCUGAGGGGGCUGCUCGGCCUACUGGAGGGGCUGCAGCAAUUGCUAUGCUAGUCGGGCCAGAUGCUCCUAUUGUAUUCGAAAGCAAGAUUAGGGCUAGCCAUAUGGCCCAUGUCUAUGAUUUUUACAAGCCUAUCCUCGACAGUGAAUAUCCAGUUGUUGAUGGCAAGCUUUCACAAACUUGUUACCUUAUGGCACUUGAUUCUUGCUACAAGAGCUUAUGCAACAAAUACGAGAAAUUGGAAGGCAAGCAGUUUUCGAUUGAUGAUGCAGCCUAUUUUGUUUUCCAUUCACCAUACAACAAGCUCGUACAGAAGAGCACUGCUCGAUUGAUGUUCAACGACUUUAUAAGGAACGCUAGUUCCAUCGAUGAAUCUACUAAAGAAAAGCUGGCACCAUUUUCUUCCUUAACUGGUGAUGAAAGUUAUCAAAGUCGUGAUCUUGAGAAGACAUCCUGGCAAGUGGCAAAACCAUUUUAUGAUGAGAAGGUGAAACCAGCCACAUUAGUACCAAAACAAGUUGGGAACAUGUAUACCGCAUCUCUCUAUGCUGCUUUCGCAUCACUCCUUCACAAUAAGCACAGCUCAUUGGAUGGACAGCGGGUAAUCUUGUUCUCUUAUGGGAGUGGAUUGACUGCAACGAUGUUCUCAUUAAGGCUUCACGAAGGUCAACAUCCUUUUAGCUUGUCAAACAUCGCAGCUGUGAUGAAUGUUGAAGAGAAAUUGAAGUCGAGGCAUGAGUUCACUCCCGAAAAUUUCAUCGAAACAAUGAAAAUAAUGGAGCACAGGUAUGGUGGUAAGGAUUUUGUGACGAGCAAGGAUUGCAGCCUUCUAGCUCCGGGUACCUACUACCUCACAGAAGUCGAUUCGAAGUACAGAAGAUUUUAUGCCAAGAAAUGUACUGAGAAUGGACUUGCCAAUGGUCACUGAAGAUAGUCCUAAUUAACAUGAUGUCACUGCCAUGAAAUUGACUUGUGCUCUUUUAAUUAUUGUCAGCACAUAGAAGAAUAAUUACUUCAUAUUUCAUACUCUUUUUCCUGAUAUUUCAAUGCUUUUUAGUUUCCAACAAAUUCAAUAUUUCUAGUUCACUUGUUUGAGAGAUGAUUUGCAAAAUCGUCUAUGUAUUGUAAGUCUAUAUUUGAAUGAAAUUCAUUGAGCAGA